AUGGCAGCGGGAGAGACAUCAUCAACAGCAGAGGCGAAACCGCCUCUUCGAAUUGUAGUCGGCGGUGACGAUGCCGGCUUCGACUACAAGGCCCUCCUCGCGGCAGACCUCGCCGCUUCCCCGCUCGUCGCCUCCGUGCAGGACGUCGGCCCCCUCUCGGCCACCGACAAGACGGCCUACCCGCACUUCGCCGUCGAGGCCGCCCGGCUGGUGCAGGCCGGCAAGGCGGACCGCGCCCUGUUGAUCUGCGGCACCGGCCUGGGCGUCGCCAUCUCCGCCAACAAGGUGCGCGGUAUCCGCGCCGUGACGGCCCAUGACAGCUUCAGCGUCGAGCGCGCCGUGCUGAGCAACGACGCGCAGGUGCUGUGCCUGGGCCAGCGCGUCAUCGGGCUCGAGCUCGCGCGGCGCCUGGUGAGGGAGUGGUUGGCCUAUCGUUUUGACGAGGCGAGCGCGAGCGCGGGGAAGGUGAGGGCGAUUGGAGAGUAUGAGGGGUUGGGUUAG